AUGCAGCUCAGCACGCAGCAGCCGGCAGGGGUCUGUGUGGCAGUUUCUGACCAGGAUGCGUCUGUGUUUGCAGGUGUCCAGUGUGAGGUGCAGCUGGUGGAGUCUGGGGGAGGCUUGGUCCAGCCUGGGGGGUCCCUGAGACUCUCCUGUGCAGCCUCGGGAUUCACCUUCAGCAGCUACUGGAUGAACUGGGUCCGCCAGGCUCCAGGGAAGGGGCUGGAGUGGGUCUCAAGCAUUAAUGGUAAUGGUGGUAGCACAUACUACGCAGACGCCGUAAAGGGCCGAUUCACCAUCUCCAGAGACAACGGCAAGAACACGCUGUCUCUGCAAAUGAACAGUCUGAGAGCCGAGGACACGGCCCUGUACUACUGUGCGAGAGACACAAUGAGGGGACAUCAGUCUGGGGCAGUUCUCCAUCAGCCCCUUCAGCUUCCAGAUUUGCUGCCUAUCCCUGAAGAUCAAGCCUUUGUUCCCGUGAUGGAGAGGAGUCAUUUUUCUGAGCAUAACCUUAGUGGUGACAUGUCUUCCGCUCCCAUCUCCUAUGAGGUCCCCCAGUGUGUUGAUGUGAAUGAUGAUGAUGUUGAUGUUAUUGUUGUUGAUGUAAAAAGAAGAAGAGCUGUUUUCUCAGCUGCCUCCUUCUCCCAGCCCAGGUGUCCCCAUUCGGUGAUCAGCACUGAACACAGACUCACCAUGGAGUCUGGGCUGCGCUGGGUUUUCCUUGUUGCUCUGUUACAAGGUGUCCAGUGUGAGGUGCAGCUGGUGGAGUCUGGGGGAGGCUUGGUCCAGCCUGGGGGGUCCCUGAGACUCUCCUGUGCAACCUCGGGAUUCACCUUCAGCAGCUAUCACGUGAGCUGGGUCCGCCAGGCUCCAGGGAAGGGGAUGGACUGGGUUGGAGAGAUUAAUGGUAAUGGUGGUAGCACAUACUACGCAGACGCCGUGAAGGGCCGAUUCACCAUCUCCAGAGACAACAGCAAGAACACGGUGUCUCUGCAAAUGAACAGUCUGAGAGCCGAGGACACGGCCCUGUACUAUUGUGCCAGUGACACAGUGAGGGGACAUCAGUGUGAGCCCAGACACAAACCUCCUGCGGGGCAGCGCGGGGCCGCCAGGGGGCGCACAAGACACGGGAGCAGAGUCAGCCCAGGGCAGGUGCAGGUGGAGGGUGAGGGCUGGUUUCCUCUCGGGGUCGUGGCUUCCUCUCCAUAAAGCGGUUUCCUCUGGGGAACUUCUCUGAA